CAGGUUGUAAUAGUGCAAGCUCAUUUGGUUUACCACACUGCCCAGCCGUUUCCCUGACAAGCUCAGCAGCGCAAAGCAGAGCUAGCAGCGUCAGCUGAUCAAGUGGUAACCCCGAUCAGCUAGCUGAUAGCUCGAUUUUGUUUGCCGGUUCUUUUCCUAGCUAGCUAGCUAUACAGUUCCCUCGUCGGACGAUCCAGUGGCCGAAUCGCCGGCGGCCGGCGACGCCGAUCGAGUUUGAGCUAGCUUAAUUAUUUGGAGGCGGGCGAGAGGAUGGUGAACACGACAGCGGCGAUGAACGGCGGCCGGGCAGGCAGCGGCCUGCUGCCGCUGACGUCCCUGAACCACAUCAGCAUCGUGUGCCGGUCGGUGGAGGCGUCGCUGCGGUUCUACACCGACGUACUCGGCUUCGUCCCCAUCCGCCGCCCCGGAUCCUUCGACUUCGACGGCGCAUGGCUGUUCAACUAUGGGAUCGGCAUCCACCUGCUGCAGUCGGAGGACCCGGCCGACAGGCUCCCGGAGAAGAGGGAGAUCAAUCCCAAGGACAACCACAUCUCCUUCCAGUGCGAGAGCAUGGUGGCGGUGGAGCGGGGGCUGAAGGAGAUGGGCAUCCCGUACGUGCAGCGGUGCGUGGAGGAGGGCGGCAUCAACGUGGACCAGAUCUUCUUCCACGACCCCGACGGCUUCAUGAUCGAGAUCUGCAACUGCGACAACCUCCCAGUGAUCCCCCUCGGCGAGCGAGCGCCCGUCAUGGGGGCCUGCAAACGGGCCGCCGCCGUCAAGCAGCAGCAGACCGGCGCGCCCCCAGCCCCCACGGUCACGGCGGUGGCGGCGCAGUGCGUGCCGUCGGCCCAGGCUAUCCGCGUCGGCGAGGAGACGGCGCACAUCUCGUGCGCGUGAGGAUUGAGCAAGCAAGGCGUGCGCGAGAAGGUCGUCGAUCGGUGCAGUGCCAGCCGCCUCCGGACGGACCGUGAUGUUUAAUUCGGAGCUAGCUGCAUGCGCCGCCGCCAUGAUGAGGCAGGCGUUUGUGUAUGCGUGACUGUAGCGGUGCGUUCCAGUGUGCAACCCUCUCUUAAGGAAAGAAAAAUAAAUCGAGGCGGGAAGAGUACAUGGUUUUCAUCUUUA